CAAGGCAGUGUAAAACAGAAGAUCCUCCACACCAGGGCAGUCAUCCACACCAGGACAGUGUAAAACAGAAGGUCAUCCACACCAGGGCAGUGUACAAAUCGCAAACUGGUAGUGGCAGAGGAGCUCUCAGACAUUCUUGAUGAGUUUGAGAGAGAGCCAAGCAAGAUUGUAGCUGUGACUGUUGAUAAUGCUGUUAAUAUGGAUGUUGCCAUCAAGAGGCUACACAUCCUAAAAAUAGGAUGCUUUGCACACACACACUGAAUCUGGCAGCUCGGAAAAUCUACUAAAUGACUUCCAUUGAUAAAUGGGCAGCCUGAAUCAGAGCAGUGGUCAUGUGGUUCAAGAGAUCCUCCAUGUCCAGCCCCAAUCAGAGCAGUGGUCAUGUGGUUCAAGAGAUCCUCCAUGUCCAGCCCCAAUCAGAGCAGUGGUCAUGUGGUUCAAGAGAUCCUCCAUGUCCAGCCCCAAUCAGAGCAGUGGUCGUGUGGUUCAGGAGAUCCUCCAUGUCCAGCCCCAAUCAGAGCAGUGGUCGUGUGGUUCAAGAGAUCCUCGAUGUCCAGCCCCAAUCAGAGCAGUGGUCAUGUGGUACAAGAGAUCCUCGAUGUCCAGCCCCAAUCAGAGCAGUGGUCAUGUGGUACAAGAGAUCCUCGAUGUCCAGCCCCAAUCAGAGCAGUGGUCAUGUGGUACAAGAGAUCCUCGAUGUCCAGCCCCAAUCAGAGCAGUGGUCAUGUGGUACAAGAGAUCCUCGAUGUCCAGCCCCAAUCAGAGCAGUGGUCAUGUGGUACAAGAGAUCCUCGAUGUCCAGCCCCAAUCAGAGCAGUGGUCAUGUGGUUCAAGAGAUCCUCCAUGUCCAGCCCCAAUCAGAGCAGUGGUCGUGUGGUUCAAGAGAUCCUCCAUGUCCAGCCCCAAUCAGAGCAGUGGUCGUGUGGUUCAAGAGAUCCUUGAUGUCCUGCCCCAAUCAGAGCAGUGGUCGUGUGGUUCAGGAGAUCCUCCAUGUCCAGCCCCAAUCAGAGCAGUGGUCGUGUGGUUCAAGAGAUCCUCGAUGUCCUGCCCCAAUCAGAGCAGUGGUCGUGUGGUUCAAGAGAUCCUCGAUUUCCAAAACAGUCUUGAAGGAAAAGCAGCAGCUCUUUGGCCUUCUGCAACACUCACUCAUCCUUGAUGUGAUGAUGCAAUGGACCCCAGAUUUAAAAGUGAGGCCGGUGAGUGACGCCUCCUGGGACAGGCUGAGGAAGGCAACUGUUGAGGCCAAUGUGACCGGAACAACACCAGGGCUGUCAGAGGAGCCGGAGCAGACAGACACAGAGCACCAGCAACAGGAGGAGUCUGAAGGAGACGGAGAGGAAAUGGAGGAGACAGAACAAAACAAGGAGUGCCUUGGAGGAGCUGUUCUCAGAGGAGGACAGGGAGUUGAGGUUGACGAUCCAACAGGACACCUCGUCCCUCACCCUCAGUGAGCGUGUUGACCUAGAGGUGGAGCUCUACAAAGGCCUGCCUCCCAUCCCCAUGGCUGAAGAUCCUGUGAUGUAGUGGUGGGAGAAGAGAGCUACUCUGCCCCUCACAAACAUUGCAACAAGCAAACCUCUGUGCUCAAGCCUCUUCCACACCUAGCGAGAGGGUAUUUUUGACUGCAGGGAACACAAUAAGCCAGGAGAGGUCCCGACUUCUGCCAGAUACGGAAAAUAUGUUGAUCUUUCUCCAGAAGAACUGCUAAGAACUGUUAGUCCUUCUGCAGCCUACCUGCAGGCCCCACCCAUGUUGUUCUCUACAACUGUAUUUUAUUUAGCAGGAAAGUAUUGUUUAUUUCAUUUGUUUUACAUUUCCAUCAUCACAACAUUAGAGUCUAAAAUAGUGAUUUGAUCAAAAUAUUGCUGUUUAUUUUGCUGUAAAUAAUUGUUUGUUUUAUUUGUUUUACAUUUCAGAAAAUAAAGCAACGUCAAUUCUGUUCUUAAUUUGUUUAGUUUCUUUCUCGUAAAAAAAAUUACUAAAAUAACUGAGAAGAAUACCGUUAAAGUGUCUCGUUCUUGUGUGUUUUCCUUGUUUUAG